UCUAUAAAUUAUAUGUGUCAUUAGAAGAGGAACUGCACACAAGAGGAUAUAACCUUGCACUGCAUGCUACAAGUGUUGAAUUGGUGGUUUCAGUGUGUAAAUGAUGCAGUCGUUUCUUGUUGGAUCUUUGCCUAAUGCAUCUUCAUUCACCACCGGUGGAAAUCUCUGGCAGAGUACUAAACAUGGCGCCAAUAAGAAUAAAUACUAUUCAAGUUCAUAUGCACCAAAAGCUUCAAGGAACACUCAAAAGGAAUAUAAGUUUUUGAGGUUUCAUCAGCCAAAUUCAAACCAUCAUGACAAAUGCAUAGAAAGACAAUUCACAUAUCAAGAAUGCAAUAAAGAGUAUGUUGUCAGAGCAGCCCCUGCACAAUCUUUUGAAUCCGAGAACUAUGAUUCUGACUCAAAAAAUAUUUUGGACUCUGCCAAAAACUUAUUGAUAGUUCUAUACACGUUUUGCACUCCACAUGCACAGAUGACCCGAAUAUUAUGCACAAUUUCUGCAUCUCUCCUUGCAGUGAAGACACUAUCAGAUAUAUCUCCACUACUUUUUACUGGUAUAUUGCAGGCUUUGGUGGCUUACGUAUUUAUGGAUAUUUAUGUUUGUACUGUGAAUCAAUUAUUUGACAUUGAGAUAGACAAGAUAAACAAGCCAUAUCUUCCGUUAGCAUCUGGUCAAUUAUCCUAUACAGCCGGUGUCAUUAUAACAGCAUCUUCUUUGUUUCUGAGUCUGUUGCUUGCCUGGAUCACAGGCUCUUGGCCAUUGAUUUGGUCUGUUAUCUUGAUUUGUGCAUUGUGGACGGCUUAUUCAGCCAAUGUGCCCCUGUUAAGAUGGAAGGGAAAUCCCGUGCUUGCGGCCAUAGUCAUUUUUGCUUCUUGGGCAAUAAUAUUUCCAAUUUCCAGUUUCCUUCACAUCCAGACUUCUGUGUUCAAGAGGUCCGUUGUCUUCCCAAAAUCGCUGAAUUUUGUUAUUGCAUUCAUGAGUUUCUACAUUUUAGGUAUAGCAGUGAUGAAGGAUAUACCUGACAUCGAAGGAGAUGAAGCAUUUGGCAUCCAUUCAUUUUCAGCACGCUUCGGUAAAAAGCAGGUAUUUUGGAUUUGUGUGUCUCUUUUUGAAAUGGCUUUUGUAAUCGCUGUCAUGAUGGGAGCAACAUCUUCUUUCCUGUGGAGUAAAAUUGUCACGGUUUUGGGAUAUGGUGUUCUUGCUUCGGUUCUCGGGUAUCGUGCCAAGUUUGUAGAUUUGGAAAGCAAGCCUUCCAUGACAUCCUUCUUUCUGCUUAACUGGAAGGUAUUACAAGUGGCGUACCUGCUCAUGCCAUUAACUAGAUGAAGAUGCAGAGGCAAAAUCAAAUUAAGAACUAUGUUGCUCUUUUCGAUAUUGAUCAUGUUGUUAUUUUUUUCUUAUUUUUUAUUUGACAAUGAAUGAGUACGAAGUUUCCCUUU